AUUUAGUUUCAAAAGCUGAACAAUUCGUUUGUUGUCCAAGAACCUCUUAUCAGCUCCACAACUUAAAUAAAAAUGAACCUCUACUGUUUAUUGAUAUCUAUUUUCUUCGUGAAUGUAUUGGCAAAUGAUUAUGCGCUUUAUGUGGAGUAUAUUUACAUUACAACUGAAACCAUCAAACGUGCUUCUUCUAUGAAUGAUUUAACUGUAGGAGGUAGAUCUGGAGCUAAUGGAUUGGAGCAUGUAAUUGAGACAAUGGUUGAUGAUACCACUAAUGACUUAUACUACAAGGAAUUCUGCAAAAUGAAUUUUUUGAUGGCUGUACCGGACCAAACGGAUAUUCUCUGGAGAGUACAGGCAUUUCCACUUCUUGACCCAUUGCAAAAAGCCAUUAUUUUCUUCCAAAUGAUGAUACAAGACAUAGAACGUAUGUUAGGAUUUAGGUGGAACAAAGGAUUAAACCAAGAGAUGGGAACAUUAAAUGCCAUUGCAGACGAGAGAAGAGUAUAUCUUGUUCCUGCUUUAAACAGCGUAAUCAGACGUCGUUUAUUAGAUGGAUCUGUGCCGCAUGUAGAUGAUGAAGCCACUAUAUUAUCUAAUUGUCGUUUGCUAGGACUAUACUGGAGUACACAAUUUUCAAAAUUAUACAUAAAAGAAGUUGAGAUUGACCCAACUGACCUUACAUGUAUCUUAACGAAUAUAAUUGGUGCCAAAAGGAGAUACAGAAAAAUUGGUAACGCAUGGUCUGAAAUAAAUGAUAAUAACCAAUCCCUAAAAUCACUUGAGGAACAGUUACGUUUUGAUACACAACACUCAUCUGACGAGAGCAAAAACUCCACAGAUGAAGAAGACUAUAGUUUACACAACCACUGCAGCCUAACCUAACCAGCGUUCUUAGGACAAAGGCUGUAGGCGCGGUCGCUCCGAUGGACUCUUAUUAUUAUUCUUCGCUUUUUGUCAAACGUGCUCCGGCACUCGACGUUUGUAAACACAUUCUUUG